GGAAGAAAGGAUAAGGUGAAGGCAGGCAAAGUGAGAAGCGAGAGGGUAGCGUAGCAGUCAGCGCGAGAGAAAGAUGGCGGGCACAGCCGGAGCUACAGCCGGAUGCCACCUCGCCCUCCUCCCCCACACUCCCACCCCGGUGUCCAUCCCCGCGCCCGGCGCUGCUGCUAGCUGCAGGGGUCUAAGGAGGUGCAGGUUGGCGGCGGCGGCGGCGGCGGCGGCGGUAUCGGCGGCACCAGCAGAGGAUGGGCGGGUUCUGGGCCGUCGUCCCGUGGAGGACGUGUACAAGGUGCGCGUGGUGCGCGGCGCGGCGGCGCAGGAGCGGGUGGAGGCGCUGCGGGUGAUGGAGACGUGGUCCGUGUGGCGCACGGGCGGCCGCUGCCGGCUGCCGUGGGACUGGCAGGUGGACCAGCUCGUCUACAUCGUCGCCGGCGAGGUCCGCGUGCUCCCCGCCGGGGCCACCACCGGCGAGGAGUACAUGCACUUCGUCGCCGGCGACCUCGUCCGGUACCCCAAGUGGAUGGAGGCGGACCUCCACUUCGACGGGCCCUACGAGGAGCGCUACCGCUUCCUCGCCUAUGGCGACGACAACUGAACUCAGUUCAACCAAAAAUGGAUUAGUAGCAGCCUGUAUCCUGUAGCAGUCUAGUGUAGUGAAGCUUCAGUUUGAGUUGCAAUUGUUCUAGCUACCAAUUUCUGUGUUGUUCGUUGAAAUCAUUGGUGAACUGGUGAUGCAGCAAGGUCUUUCUGU